AAAGGUCCCUUUCGCUAAAGGAGCCUUAAGAAUAAACGGAGCUCGCAGACCUCCCUUUACAGCUACAGGGAGUAGCCUCGGACCCAGGAACUCCAAUAAAAAAAGUCUAGCAUAUACGCUUCUGCUUCGUUUAUUGCACUUUAAUAAAAGAAUAUUUGCAAGGCAAAAAUUAUAAAGUAAACGUGAGCACAAACCUGAUGAAAGAUGGUAGUACCAAAUUUAUACUCGCGAUAGCGGGCAGCAGCGGUGGCACGAACGCAAUGGCGGCUGUACCAGCUUUUCGUGCUCCGAGUAGCGACGAGGAGUCGUCCGCUUCGCCUGCCCAGAGCAUUUUUGUGACCAUGAUUUCGCCUGGUGGACCAGUGAACUUGGGUGCAAGCACUAGCGGCACCAGUGGGAAAGGCCCUCGAGUUCACUGGUCCGAGGCGGAAACAUGGUCACUAAUCCGACUCUGGGAGGACAACAUCGGCGAACUCCGGCGUCAAAGGAGGAACGCCGGAGUUUACGAGACCAUACGCCUCGGUCUGGAGAGGCUGUCCAUCGACAAGACACGGAAACAAGUGAGCGAUAAGAUCGACAACCUCAACCAGACAUACAGGACGAAGAAAAAAAACCAGACAACUGGAUCUGGGAAGGUGACCUGGCCCUACUUUUAUGAUCUGCAUAGAUUCCUUGGGGGCCUGCCGAUUAACGACCCAAGCUUAGUGGACGACUCACUACCUGGAGAUGCUUUGCAGGUAUUGCACUGA